ACAAGUUUAUAUGGUAUAGUAUUUAACGGUUUUGUUCCUAGUUCUUGUUUACAUUAUUUUUAAAAGAUAGUUUUUGUUGCUAUAGUAUUUGGUAAACAGUUUUUUAAAGAAAUGCUAUAAACUUUUUAUACGUGACGCAAUCUGCGGAUUUUAUACAGAAUGGAGGGUGCAUAUAGAGACAAAUAUUCUUUUAUCGGUGAAUGGUAUGACAACCAGGCUAGUCUCAUUCGAAAAUUUAAUAUAUUUUACUAUCCAACUGAUAACACAAUAGAAAUGUUCGAUUUAAAGAAUCGCAAAACAUUUUUGCGGCGAGUAAAAGUGAAUGGCGUUACCUUAGAUAAUUUUUAUAUUGGAUCAACUCUACUUAUUUUGGGUAGGAUGGUUAAAAUAAUUGAUUUUGCUUGUGAGGACACGAAAUCAAAAUUGCAUAAAGAUUUGGAAAUAACUUUUGUGAUGUUAAAGCCACUGCCUACAAACAUAGCUGGGAAGGUUGUAACAUAUUUUUAUGAACAAGGUUUAAAAAUAACUAAAAUGAAAAAGAGUCGGCUGACAUCGGAAGACAUCGGUUUCAUUUACAGAAAACAACUGACAGAUCCAACUUACCCGUUUCUAGUUGAACACUUAAUAGGACAAUUGGUUUACGGAUUAGAGUUGGUUGGUAAGGAUGCUGUCGAAACAUGUGUCAAACUUUUAGGUGACAAGGAUCCGUCUAAAGCUGAACCUGGCACUAUUAGAUCACUCUAUGGAACUGAUCCUGUCAGAAAUUGUGCACACGCCUCAAGUGACUUAGAAUCUGCUGCAGAAAAUAUUGAAUAUUUUUUUCCACCACCACCGAUGACUUCCAUUCGGUUGCGUCUAACAGCUACUUUGUCCAAUUGUACACUGUGUAUAGUCAAACCUCAUGCUAUAAGAGAGGGUAAGCUGGGAGCUGCCAUGGAAGCUAUUGAUGAAGGAGGCUUUGAUAUUACUGCAUUUAACAUGUUCAUAGUUGAGAACAUUAAUGCUGCAGAAUUCUAUGAAGUCUAUAAAGGCAUUGUUCAAGAGUAUAAGGGUAUGGUGGAGGAAUUGGCAAGCGGGCCUUGUGUUGCCAUGGAGAUAGUCGCUAAAAAUAAAAAUGUCAACACUGCUGUGGAGUUUAGGAAACUAGUUGGCCCAUCAGAUCCUGAAAUCGCGAGACUGUUACGACCGCACACAUUGAGAGCGAAAUUGGGCAAAACAAAAGUACAAAACGCUAUUCACUGUAGCGAUCUCGCUGAAGAUGGUUUACUUGAAGUUGAAUAUUUCUUCAAGAUAUUGGAACUUUGAGUUUAGUGAUUUAUGAAAUCAAACAUAUAUAUGAAAUUAGCUUUAUUUAUUCAAGGAAAUAAGUUGCUCACCUUCAAGACAACAAUUACCUUACUGCCGCAUCAUUUACACGUCCGUGCUUUUUAAUGAACGCAGUGAAUCCUGAUAAAUAAUAAAUUAUAUGUAAUUGACUAUAACAUUGAAGCAAGACUGACUAGCAGUGUAUUACGGCCUUUAUUUGAUCUUAAUAAAUUACUUUUAAACCA